CUUUUCUGUCUCUGUCUCUCUUUCUUCCCUUCUCUUUCUCUCUCACGGGAAUUUACGCUUUUAUUUGUUUUUCUUUUCACGGCUGCAGCAUUGAGUCUGCAACAAGACAACUUAUUUUGCCACCAGCAGACUAAUAGGAGACAUUUUUAGCAGUGUUUUUUUUAGAUUAAUCUGAGAUAAUUCGUUUGCAUUACCAAAAAAAUCUGCUCCCUGGUCUGCUCUCAUGUCCUGUCCUGUCCCGCAUUUGUAAUCCUGCGCCUUGCAGAACGAAUCCGCUGGACUGGUGCCUUCCUAUUGAGACGCAAGAGGCAUAGACACAAGCCUGCGUCUGAGCGCAACAACACCAGCUUCUAUUAUAAACAAACAUACCCCCCAAAUAAAAAAUUAGAAGCACUUUUAAAAACCUGCGGGGUUACAAAUUGUGGAGGAUUUCAACGAGAAGUUGCAUGUGCAGGAGACAUAGUCCGGGACAGAAGGAAUGGGAUACCCGGGCAGCAGAGCAGAGAGAGGAUGGAAAGGAUGGACGCUCCUGGUUUGGGUCGCCGCUGUCAGCUUGGUGCUCGCAGACGGACGGAGAGUGAGGCAGCCCAGAUGUCCCGUUGGAUGUACCUGCACCAAAGACAAUGCCCUGUGUGAGAAUGUCCGAUCUGUGCCUCACACUUUCCCAUCCGACGUCGUGUCACUAUCUUUUGUCAAGUCUGGAUUUAAUGAAAUAACAGGAGCAAGCUUUGUCCACACUCCUGCCCUGCAACUGCUAUUAUUCACAGCAAAUUCAUUUGACCUGAUAGAUGAGGAUGCAUUCUUGGGUUUACCACAUCUUGAAUAUCUAUUUAUUGAAAAUAACAAAAUCGCAUCGAUAUCCCCAUUUGCCUUCCGGGGCCUGAAAGCACUCAUACAUCUGAGUCUGGCUUACAACAACCUUGAGACGCUGCCAAAAGAUGUCUUCAAGGGCAUGGACGCUUUGACCAAAGUUGAUCUACGUGGCAACAACCUGAUAUGUGACUGCAAGCUCAAGUGGUUGGUAGAGUGGAUGCACCACACUAAUGCCACCCUGGACCAGAUCUACUGCAGCGGUCCACCCAUUCACCAGGGGAAGAAGAUCAAUGACCUGCUGCCACACAGUUUCGACUGCAUCACAGCAGAGUUUGCCUCCUAUCAGUCGCUGAAGUUUGAGUCCAUUUCGGUGGGGGCCUUCACCUUCGGUGAAGAUCAGUAUGUGGUGUUUGCCCAACCGUUUGCUGGGACAUGCAGCUUCCUGGAAUGGGAUCACGUUGAGAUGACCUUCAGAACGUAUGACACCAUUGAAAGCACCUCCACUGUGGUGUGCAAGCCCAUGGUGAUUGACAACCACCUCUUUGUCAUCGUGGCCCAGCUGUUUGGGGGCUCGCACAUUUACAAACGCGACACCUCUGCCAACAAGUUCAUCAAGAUCCAGGACAUUGACAUUCUGAAGAUUCGCAAACCUAACGACAUCGAGACGUUCAUGAUCGACGGAGAGUCUUUCUUCGUCAUCGCUGACAGCUCAAAGGCCGGCUCCACAACGGUGUACAAAUGGAACGGCAAUGGCUUCUACUCCCACCAGUCCCUCCAUCCGUGGUUCCGGGACACAGACGUAGAGUAUUUGGAGAUCUCCAACAAACCCCACCUGAUCUUGUCCAGCAGCUCUCAGAGGCCUGUCGUCUACCAAUGGAACAGGAGCCAGAAACAGUUUGACCGCAGGACUGACAUACCGGACAUGGAGGACGUCUUCUCUGUCAAACACUUCCGGGUCAAAGGUGAGCUCUUUAUAUGCUUGACAAGAUUCAUCGGAGACUCCAAGGUGAUGCGCUGGGACGGUGCCAUGUUCAAGGAGGUCCAGACAUUUCCUUCCCGCGGCUCCAUGGUGUUCCAGCCUGUCUCCAUCGGCAACUGGCAGUAUGCCAUCUUGGGCAGUGAUUAUUCACUGACGCAGGUCUACCAAUGGGACACCGAGAGGGGCCACUUUGUCCCAUCUCAGGAGCUGAAUAUCCAAGCACCUCGAGCAUUUUCUCUGGUUUCCAUUGACGACCGGGUGUUCCUGCUCGCAUCCAGCUUCAAGGGAAAAACUCAGAUCUAUGAGCACCUUAUGAUCGAUCUGAGUAAUUAAACCCAUCGUCAGUUUGGGACAAAGUAUGUACAUUACCAUUCAAAUGCUUUCAUUCUGUCAUGUGUUGAACUUUUUAGUCCCAUUAGAAACCACCAGCAAAUUCCACCUUACUUUAAACAAAAGGAAGUUUUAUGCAGGAGCUGAAACUAUCUAAAGAGGUAUUUCAAAUGCAGUUCAGGACCUUUAGAUUGAGAUUAUGACCACUGAGUUUUUUAAAGGGUAACUGUGAUAUUUUUCAACCUGAACCCUGUUUUCCAAUGAUUUUGUGUCUAAGUGACUAAUGGGAACAACA